UACAUAACGUCAUACAUACGUACGGUCAGUACGACGUUGGAACGCAAACAUAACACUUUUCUUUUGUGCAGUUUUGCAGUUUUCACUUACGUAUAUUAUUAUUUACAUAUAUUGUCAGUAUGGAUUUGACACAAGCGAUGGAAAUUUAUAAAAGAAAACGUAUUAUUUUUGCGUACCUUGUGUACAAAAAAUAUGUUUUAAAAAAUAAAAGGCGUUAUUGGGUACACCCAUUUACUAAUUUAAGACUUACGAAAGGUUUAUUUUAUACGUAUUUUGAAAACUUACGAGAAAGGCCGGAUAAAUUUUUUAAUUACUUUCGAAUGAGUAUAAAAACUUUUGACGAGCUUGCCGUUAAAAUUUCGAUGAAGAUUAAGUCAACAGAUACACAUUUGAGAUUGUCUAUACCUCCACUGGAAAUGUUAGCUGUUACUCUGAGGUAUUUGGAUAGUGGAUGUGAUCAGAUUGAUCUACAUCUGACAUACAGGAUUGGUCAUACAACAAUUGGGAAGAUAUUGAGGAAAGUCUGUAAUGCUAUUUGGGAAGUCUUACAUGAAGAGUGCUUUCCCGAGUUGACAACGAACCGAUAGAAAAAAAUAUCUAAAGAUUUUCAAAAAUACAGUCAAUACCCUAAUUGUCUCUGGGCGAUAGAUGGGAAACAUGUGCGGAUCAGAAAACCAAAAAUGAGUGGUUCUCUGUUUCAUAAUUAUAAGAAUUUUUUUUCAAAUUGUGCUACUAGCAAUUGUUGAUGCGAAUUAUAAAUUUAUAUAUAUUGAUGUUGGUUCUUUUGGGGAGUCAGAUAGUACUAUUUUUGAAAGAACUCCUUUCUAUAAAAAACUUAAGAAUAAUGAAUUAAACAUUCCUAAGAGUCAGCCUCUUCCAGGUACAAUUGGUCCAAAUAUGCCAUACACAUUUAUUGGCGAUGAGGCAUUUUCUCUAUCACCAGAUAUAAUGAGACCUUACAGUGGUUAAGUUUUAUCAGACACAAAACGAAUAUUCAACUAUAGAUUAUCCUGAGCGCGGAGAAACGUUGAAUGUGCUUUUGGAAUACUUUCAAAUAAAUGGAAAAUUUUUAACAAACCUAUCAAUGGAAAUUUGGAUUUAUCUAUACUUGUGGUGAAGACUUGCUGUGCCCUCCAUAGUUUUAUAAGGACUAGAGAUGGAUUUAACGUCGAAGAUGUAAUGACUAUAGAAGGACUCAUUGAAAUCCAACAAGAUCUCUCAAGACCACCCAACCAAUCAAUUCAAAUAAGAAACAAGUUGGCAGAUUAUUUUGUGUCUGAUGUGGGUAGCGUUCCAUGACAAACAAAUUAUAUUUAAGUAAUAUUACGUUAUUAUUAUGUUUAAUUAUUAUUAAUAUUUUUUUUAAA